AUGCCGUCCGCCACCGCGUCCGGGGUAGACAAUGGAGGCUCUGCCAAAUCCCGCGAGCACAACCAGGGGAACCAGGAUCGGAAAUACACACCAGAGCAGAAGGCGGCGGUCCUGAGGAUACGGAAAUGUUCGGCGACGGCGUACUACGAGAUCCUGUCGUUGGAGAAGAGCGCCUCCGACGGCGAGAUCAAGAAGGCGUAUCGCAAACUGAGUCUGAUGACACACCCUGAUAAGAACGGGUAUGAGGGAGCGGAUGAGGCGUUCAAGUUGGUUUCGCGCGCCUUUCAGGUCUUGUCGGACCCGGAGAAGAAAGCCAAGUAUGAUAGGUUUGGAGGCGAUCCGGACAGCAGGUUCACCCCGAGUGCUGGUCCCUCGGGCGCUUCGCCUUUCAGCGGUUUUGGUGGUGGUGGAUUCCCCCGGUCUGCGGGUGCUGGGGGUCCGAUGUUCGAGGAGGAGAUCUCGCCGGAAGAGCUGUUCCAGCGGUUCUUUAGCGGUGGGUUUGGCAAUAUGGGUGGUGGUUUCAGUCCUUUUGGUGGACCUCAAUUUGUUUUCAACAUGGGCGGCGGUCCUGGUAUCCGGGUUCAUCAGUUUGGAGGCGGUCGCCCCCGGAGAAGACCCCGUGAGGCCAAUGCUCGUACCGAACCUACACCCUCUUUGUGGGCUACCUUCCAGCAGCUUCUCCCUCUCAUUCUCCUCUUCGUGCUUCCGUGGAUCUCGUCCAAAUUCUCCGGGCCGUCAACUCCUGCAGGUCCUUCGUACCGUUUUGACGCUGCUGUGCCUCCCCACACGAUGCAUCGCACGACACCCAAGUUGAAUGUGGACUAUUAUGUGAAUCCCGGGGAUGUAGAAGACUACAGCUCGCGGAAAUUCCGGCAACUGGACCAACGGGUGGAAGUGGACUACGUUACGAAACUACGGUACGAAUGCGAAGCCGAACAACACAGGCGUGAUCGCAUGCUCCAGGAUGCCCAAGGCUGGUUCUUCCCAGACGUAGACAAGAUCAAGGAAGCGAGAGCGAUGGAGCUCAAGAGUUGUCGGCGGCUAGACUCCCUGAAGGGGAGGUACUGA